AUGGAUGAAGAGCAUGAAAAAGCCAUCCAAAGGAACUUUACGUCGUUGGUGGAGAGAACUGAUCUUGAUUCAAUGGUUACUGUUUUAUAUGAAAAAGGUGUAUUUUCUGAACAAAUGAUCGAACGGUACCAGAACCCUAAUAAAUCAAGUCGAGACAGAAAACGUCAGCUCUAUAGAGACAUAACACGCCGAGGACCUCGUGCAUUUGGACACCUUGUGGAUUCUCUCUCAGAACUGGGUCAUUGGGAUAUAGUGAGAGAACUAGACCCUAACAGCCCAUUUGCCACCUUCCCUAAACCAUCCAGCUCUUCAAUGCCAAAGAGAGAAACAAACCCACAGUCGAGUAAAGACAGCCAGUAUGUUAGCCUCAGCAAUGAGAAAAAUAAAACAAAAGAGAUGCAAAAAAGUGCUGUACCAGUAGCUGCGACUGCGCCGGUAGACCUCGACAACGCUGCUGCCAAGAUGCCGGUCAUCCCGGAGUUUAAAGUCAUCAAGUCCACCAGGUUUAUGGAUCACGACGGUAAAAGUGAUCUGGAGUUAUAUCACACCCGUAGUCGCGAUCGCGGAGUCCUAAUGGUGCUAAGCUACAUCAAUUUCCAAAAUAACAUCGAACAGAUCCGCGCUGGCGUCGACGUGGACUGUGCCACACUGAAGCACUUAUUCCUGGAAAUUGGAUUCGAGGUUAUUUCAUACCCGGAUCUUACCAAAGAACAAACCCUAAAUACACUGAGUUCGCUGGAGGUUGUCCUAGAGAAGGCCGAGUGCGUAUUCCUGGUGGUGUCGUCCCACGGCUACGAACGCUACGGCACUUCGGACAUCGACAUCCGGUGCAGCGAUGGACAGCUCAUCUCCUUCCUAGAAAUCAUGACCUAUUUCAGCAAUAAGAGUCUACCCAAACUCAUUGGAAUACCGAAAGUCUUAAUCUUCCAGACGUGUAGAGGAAGUAACGAAGAGUACGUGCUGUCGAGCGAGCCGACGGUGUCGCAGCUGCUGAUGCCGGGCGGGGGGGUGCAGCGCGACGGGUCGGCGCGUGCGCGGGGCCCGCCCCCGCCCCCGCCGCGCCCCAGCGCCGCCCCGCGCCUGCUGGAGACGCCGCUCUACUCCGACAUACUCAUCGCGCACUCCACGCCACCGGGUCAAGUCUCGUACCGAGACGGCGGGUGUGGCUCGUGGUACAUCCAGGUGCUGUGUGAGGUGUUCGCAGAGCGCGUGCACAACACGCACGUGGACAAGCUGUUCACGCUCGUCGAUAUGCGCAUGCGCGAGAAAUUCCGCAGACAGACCUCCUCGGUAGAAAGGUGGGGCUUCAACAAGCGCCUGUACUUACACCCCGGCUUGUACGAGUGA